AUGUCGGCGGACAUCGAGACGCCGGACUGGGCCAAGCCGGGCAGCCAGAUGGGCAACGACGACGACGCGUCGCCGGCGUGGGCGAGCGAGGGCGUCGUGUCCCAGCAGAAGACGGAGCAGGAGGUGGAGAUUCUGACGGACCUGAAGGAGUACUUCGAGCUGGAGGACGUCGGCAAGGAGCUCGUGGGCACGGCCGUGUUCCAGGCGCUCUUCGACCUGCUCGUGACCAUCUACAACUACCGCGGCUACAGCGGCGACAUCGACCGCGUCGACUUCACGUCCGUCGUCACGGAGACCUACUCCAAGGCCUUCAUGCUCGGCUGGAUCGUCACGGCCAUCGGCCACUUCAAGGCGCGCGCGAAGAACAAGGAGAAGAAGCAGAUCAUCCCCUUCCUCCACCCGUCGGUCCUCGACGAGGGCGCGCUGAAGUACGUGCCGCGGGGGUCGUCGGCGGCGGCGUCGCUCGUGACGGCGCUCUUCUGGACCGUGGUCAUGGGCAGCUCCGUCGUCGUCCUGGUUCUCAUCCUGUGGCUCAUGGUCGGCAAGGACCAGGACGACGACAAGAUGAACGGCUACCUCUACAGCGUCUACCAGGCCGUCAUCGGCGGCUUCUUCGGCUGGAACGUCAUCGCCGUGGGCAUGAUCCAGGGCUCGACGACGAUCCCGCCGGAGAUUUUGGCGGCGUACGAGCGGCAGAAGGGCGGCGCGGAGGAGAACGAGCGCGCGCACUUCCGGCUCGACGAGAAGGUCGUCACGACGGUCAUGGUCGACACCGUCGGCAAGGUCUUCGCCUGCUUCUCCGCGGCGCACCGCGUCGUCUUCGUGACCCUGGUCUUCGCCGUCGCGUCGCUGUCGACGGCGUUCACCUACGGCUACCUCUACGACGGCGACAUGAACGAGGGCGACGGCGGGCUGAACCGCGUCGAGGGGCGGGACCAGCUCAUCGCGGACAUGUGCGGGAGCACGCUCUUCGCGGCCGUCGCCGUGUCGCUCGCGUGCUCGUGGUACAAGGGCCCCAUCGAGAACGGCAAGCUGCCCUACCUCGACCCCGCGGUCUUCGACAACGGCCUCCUCCGCGGCUUCCCGCGCGACUUCUCGAGCGCGUCGCGGCGCGUCGCGACGAACGCGGGCUUCUGGUGCGCGGCGGUCGUGUCCUUCACCGUCGCGUUCUCCUACAUCCUGGGCGUCGAGAUCGUCUUCAGCGGCCAGUCGUACGUGAACAUGAAGAUCAUGUACUACAUCCCCCUCUGCGGCCUCAUCGCCGCCAUGAACGUCAUGCAGCUCGCCGCGGACAUCCCCGAGGCGGACCGGGAGCGGCUCGAGGCCGCGCGGAAGCGCGGCGGCGUCCGCGCGCCGCCCGACGACGACGACGUCGUCGUCGAGCUCGAGGUCGACGAGGCGGGCGCGGACGCGCCUAAGGACGACCCCUAG